GCUUCCGUCAUCGCCUCCGUCCCCGCCGUCCCCGCCCUGCUGCAUGACCACAGCAAGACAACGAGGCAUCGGAGGCAUACUCCGCGCAAGGGACGGAUAAAAGGAAUUCCUUUGGUGUACGCGUGGUUCUGUGGCGACACACUGGUUGAUGAGGAGAACAAAGUGGCCUGGAACAUUUCUGGGCCUUGCGUCGUCGAAGACUACUUUUAUCGGAUCCUGGCUGUAAGCUUGCUACACGUCCCAACGGUGGUCCUACUCACCGACCCGUCGCUGCUGCCAACGUUUGAGGCAAGACUACCGGCCUUUGCGCGGAAAGGCUUUCGUCUCGACGAUUACCUGCAGUACGCAGAUACGAAGUUUUUGAAGCUCCGAUCGCUCUAUGUAAAGCAUCUGAACAUGUCAGCCGGCACGUGGGCGGGCGGCUGCUGCCGUGGCCACAAAGAGCCUUUCGAAAUGUUCAAUGUGCUGAACUACUAUGUUGUCCGUGCUUGGAUGGAGGAAGAGGACAUCAAGUACGUGGCUUAUGCAGAGGCCGAUGUUGCUGUGAUCGUCCCGCCGUACCUCCCGAGAAAGUGUCAGAGUGAGAUCGCCUGGCGAUUCAGGUGGGACGCCAGCAAGGAGUGGCUACCCUUCACAUACAGUGCUCUGGGAUCUAUGGGUGGCGUGCUCAGUUUAGACGUGCUCAACGAUUGGACUGAUUUCGACAUCGCCAUGUUUGAGGAUUACAUUUGGCUCCGAUACGCCAUCCAGAAGAACCUGUUUUCAGGCAUCAACCAAAUGAGCACUUGGUAUUUCUAUGCCAUGGGCAGCCUCGACACGGAGGGACUGCCGUGGUCAGAUGGCGAGCCCUGGUUCCUGCAGUAUGUUCGCUUUCCACCCCACUUCACCCGACAGGAGCUCCAUGUACCACCGCCGGGCCCUGAUGUCCGAAUGUUGCCUGAUUAUCUGAUGCCGCCAACGAAGCGCUACCGCAUCUGCAAUGGCUAUUAUCCCACGCAGGGCCAUCUCAUCGACUCUGCCCACGGCUGGAAUGCGCGGAACUACAGCUGUUGCCACGUUAGGACGGCUGGUGGGAAGGUGGAGGUGGUCCACAGCGAAUCCCUGAACAGGUCUAUCCUCCGGGCCGUGGCCGACAACUUCACCUUGCGCAAUCUCCACUUCCAAGGCAAUUCCAAGCCCUAUAUUUCUAAACUCUUUGCUCCUUUGUUCCGAGCGUACGAGGGCUUCAACUUCUCAGUCAAGGAUCAGCCGCCGCUCGCUCUCCGGUGA